AUGUCGGAAUUUUCGACGUUUCCCGAUUUGCCAACGUCAACGGGGAUCAGUCUGAUGGAGCACGGCAUCGGCGACACGCUAGGUUUACCCAACGGGAAAAAGACAAAAGGGCGUGUCAAGAUCAAGAUGGAGUACAUCGGUAAUAAACUGCGCCGGUACACCACGUUCAGCAAACGCAAGACGGGCAUCAUGAAAAAGGUUUAUGAACUGUCGACACUGACGGGUACUCAAGUGAUGCUGCUUGUCGCGUCGGAGACCGGCCACGUCUACACAUUCGCCACCAACAAGCUGCAGCCGAUGGUUAGCAGCGAUGCCGGAAAGUCUCUCAUCCAGAGUUGCCUCAACGCGCCUGAUGACGCGAUGAGCAGCGUUCCGCACAAGACUGAAUUCACGUUCGAAAAUGGUCAGAUCAAUGGGAAUCGCAAGCGGAAAACCAACGAAUCGGCCACUGCGUCGCCCGACCAGUUCAACUCGCAUCUCUUCACCCUUUCCCAACCAUGGUUCAAAAUUCCCUCUUCUCGAACUUCAAUGGGGAGGAAUACAACCCGA